UAAAAACAAAAAAUAAUUUCUCAUUUUGCCUUCUCCUUCUAUAAAACUAACUUCAACAUCUCCUUUCUCUUCGAUUCAAUUUCUCAAAUCUCUCUCUUUCAAUUCUCUUUUAGAAUUAGGAUUUUACAAGGGUUUUGAUUCAAGAUUAAACCCUAAUUAUUUUUUUAAAGAAAACCUUUUGCUGCUCUCUCCAGCUAGGGUUCUAAUUGGUGAUCGAUUUGCUUCUCUCCAGAUUUAUGUUUCUUUCUUUUUGAGUCAUUCGAUUCAUGGGUUCAUUUGGAAUACUGCCAAACAAGUUGUAAGCGAUGGACUGGUGAUUUAUGGAUGCGAAAGAAUGGUUCUUUUGGAUGUUUUAUGUCAGGUGAAGUGAUAUGAGGUGUUGAAUAUGAGCCAUGGAGGUGGGCAGAGUGGAAGAGUACAGGAAAAAUCACAACUUGCUAAGAGAAAGUCAGGUUCAAGUGGCGAUGAAUUUGCACGAUCAAUUGCAAAGAUUGCUGUAGCACAAAUAUGCGAGUGUACUGGGUUUCAGACCUUUCAGCAGUCUGCUCUUGAAACACUAUCUGAUGUGACUGUCCGAUAUAUAUGCAAUCUUGGAAAGCUUGCACAGGGUAAUGCAAAUUCAGCAGGUAGAAUUGAGGGUAAUGCUUUUGAUAUUAUUCAAGCAUUGGAAGAGCUGUGUUCUUCACAGGGGUUUGCCGGUGCUUCUGAUGUUGAUCAUUGUAUUGCUAGUUCAGGUAUUGUUAGAGACAUUGCUCAGUAUGUUAGUGACGCAGAUGAUGUCCCUUUUGCCUAUUCUAUUCCCCCUUUUCCUAUUGUUAGAGAAAGGAAGCUAGCUCCAAUUUUUUCACAAAUCGGUGAGAAGCCUCCUUGGGAGCACAUUCCAGAUUGGCUACCUGCAUUUCCUGAUCCUCAGAUUUACCUUCAGUCUCCGACAGUGAAUGAAGGGGCUACUGAUCUUAACAUGCAGAAGUUUGAGCCGGCAAGGCUACACCCGAAGAUAGAUAGGUCUUUGUUGCAGCAGCCAUUUACUUCCAGCGGGUCACAAGGGCCUUCCUCUAAUGUCCCUGCUGGUGGUUAUGAGGGGAAAUUAAUAGUUGAAGGCAACCCAUUUGUUGCUGCUCCUUUACAGUGUGGAGAGAAAGAAGUGUCCCACGUUGUUCCUCCAGCUAAACUGUCAAAUGAAACUGCUGUGAGAAAUCCCAUUGAGCAUAAUCGUCUUGCUGAUAACCAUGUCUCUGUGUUGAAUACAUUUGCUCCAGCUAUCAAAGCAAUGAAUAGCAGGUUAUGCGAUUCUGAGGAGGGCCAGAAGAAGGUUCUUUUGAAUCAACGACCUGCUAUACAAUUUAAGAUUGCUAUUGGAAAAAAGUCCUUGAGAACAUCACUAGAAUUGGGAUCACAAAAUAAGAGUGCUGAGAAGAUUAGUCCAUGGUCUGAAAAGGAUAAUGAGAAUGACGACAAGAAAAGGAGGGCUGAGAAAAUUCUAAAACAAUCUAUAGAGAACCCAGGGGAACUAGCUCAGUUGUAAACUAGGUUUGAUUAGGAUCUGUAUACUUGUUCAGGGAACUAGCAACAGAAGCUGGUUCCAAGUAGUUAAAGUCAGUACUUGUGGUUGCCAGCAUAUAGCUCUAGAGUGGGAUUACAAAUUGAGAUGGGAAAUUUUCCCACUUUAACAAGUUUUGGAGGUAUGUUCAUGUCAGUUUGUCAUCAUACACCCUUGUUAGUGAAUGAUUCUUUUUAGUGGA